CGAUUUCGGAAUUGAUGGGCAAACAAAAGUACAUUUGAAAAAAAAUAAUUAAAUGAACCAAAUCAUGACAAAAAAAAAAAAAAAAAAAAGAAAAGAAAAAUUCCGAUUCUUUAUAAAAUAAAAAUAAAAAGAAUUUUCAAUCCCAUAUUUAUUAAAGCGGUGGUGUGUGCCACAAACACACAAUCAGCAACCGGAGCCCUCCAAGGCUGAAUCAGUGUAUUUAUUAAAGAAAUAAACUACAAGUUUAGGAUUUUGGUUUUUGCCGCCUUACUUGUGUUUUCAAGGGAAAUUGGAGACGAUGGAACCCAAAAAAGUGGGCAUAAUCGGAGCUGGAAUAAGCGGUCUAGCGGCCUGCAAAUUUGUUCUAUCCAAAGGAUUGAUUCCGGUUGUGUUGGAGGCCAGAGGUGAGAUUGGCGGCGUGUGGACAAAGACGCUGCAGACGACGGUGCUGCAAACCCCAAAAGAGAUGUUUCAAUUCUCCGAUUUCCCUUGGCCGAAAUCGGUAACCGAAGAAUUUCCGAGGUAUGAUCAAGUGCUAGAUUACCUUAGUUCUUAUGCCCAACAUUUCGGAUUGUUGAAGCACAUCAGAUUCAACACUAGAGUUGUUAGUAUCCAAUACGAAGGUUGCUCUGAUGAGGAGAUUGGAGGUUGGAAUCUUUGGGGUGGCUCCGGAGACGCGUUCGGCGAAGGGCGGAAAUGGAGGCUCAACGUCGUUGAUGCUCGGACUGAUGUUCCGGUCGAGGAGUUUGGAGAGUUCGUGGUGGACUUCGUAGUACUUUGUAUUGGCAAAUUCAGUGAUGUUCCAAAUAUCCCUGAAUUCCCUCCAAAUGGAGGUCCCGAAGCUUUCAAAGCCGGAAAAGUUCUUCACUCUCUAGAGUUUUCUGCCAUGGAUUUCGACGAUGCUUCAAACCUCAUCAAGAACAAGCAGGUCACUGUCGUUGGUUUCCAAAAAUCUGGUAUUGACCUCGCCAUGCAAUGCGCCAAUGCCAAUGGCCCGAACAAACCUUGCACGGUUCUCUACAGAACCAAGCAUUGGAGCAUAACUGAUUAUUAUCCGUGGGGGAUCGCUCUAGCUUUUCUCUACAUGAAUCGGUUCUCUGAGCUUCUUAUUCACAAGCCUGGCGAGGGUUUCCUUCUCUAUCUCCUCGCCCUCCUUCUCUCCCCAAUCAGGUGGUUAUUCUCAAAGAUUGUGGAAACCUACAUGAUGAAGAAGCUAGGAUUGGCCAAAUACGGAAUGGUCCCAACCCAAAGCUUUCUUCAAGAUGUUAGCUCUUGUUUAUUUGCGAUAAUGCCCGAAAACUUUUACGACAAAGUGGAGGAAGGAAGCAUCAUUUUAAAGCAAUCACAGAGUUUCAGCUUUUGUGAAGAGGGUAUCAUGAUCGAAGGAGAAACAAAACCGAUACGCUCAGAUUUGGUCAUUUUGGCUACAGGAUUCAGAGGUGAUCAAAAGCUGAAAGAAAUCUUUGCUUCCUCUACAUUUCGAGAUUACAUGACGUUUCAUGAUUCAGCAGCUCCCAUGUAUAGACACACCAUUCAUCCUAGAAUCCCACAGUUAGCUGUGAUUGGAUAUUCGGAAAGCGUUUCAAAUUUGUACACCUCGGAGAUACGGUGCCGAUGGCUGGCAGAAUUUCUAGAUGGCACAUUCAAGCUACCGAGUAUCAAGGAGAUGGAGAAGGACAUAGCCAACUGGGAGAAGUGCCUGAGGCUUUACUCGGGCCCUUUCUACAAGCGAGCUAGCAUUGCCGUUUUGCAUAUUUGGUAUAAUGAUCAACUCUGCAAGGACAUGGGUUGGAACCCCAAGAGAAAGAAGGGAUUCCUUGCUGACUUGUUUUUACCUUAUGGUCCUUCAGACUAUGCCACCGCUUGAAAAGUGAGGAAAAAGAAGUGGGGUGAAAAAGAAUAAUAAGAAAAAAAUCUGCCUAUUUCCUAUCAUACCUAAUAAAAGUGGCAUUGCCGAGCUGUUUUCCUUUUUCUUUCCGCUUACUAAUCAGUGUGACUAAUUAAUAAAUGAAACAUAUGUUAAUUUUUUUUCAA